AUGAGUGUAACCGUUGAGCAAGAGGCCUACGAGAUGCCGAGUGACAAUAAGAAAGUGCUGCUCAAAAUCGACGACGUCCAUUUGCAUUCGUGCGGUGUUUUUAGCAAUGUCUACAGAGGUCGUUUAAGAGAGCCGUAUGUGAAAGAAAUAGCGAUUAAAAAGACAUGGCCCGAAAAAGGAGAACGCAAUUUUGAGUUUAUAUUCCUAACGGGAAGAGAACGCGAGAAACACAAACAUGUCAUUCAAAUGAUCUACGCGUUCAGUCACACGUAUGGAAAUAAGGUUUGCGAAUCGUAUGUUUUCGAAUUUAUGCCGAACACUCUUGCUGACGUCAUCAAACUUCGACUCAACGAUUUUGACGUCAAACUAUACACAUGGCAAAUCUUCUGCGGUCUCAAGUAUUUGGAGGAGCACUGUGUGAUCCACCGCGAUUUGAAACCAGUUAAUAUUUUGGUCGACCAUUUCUCUGGAUUGCUCAAAAUCAGCGAUUUUGGCUCAUCGAAAGUUUUUAUUCGAAGCAAAGCCAACAAUUUUUAUCAAGUCACCAGAUUUUAUAGACCCCCUGAACUGCUAAUGAAAUCCACCGAUUACGACACAUCCGUUGACGUUUGGUCUGCCGGAUGCGUCGUCGCGGAAAUGAUCCGAAGAUCGGUGGUAUUCCCGGGACGAGACAGCGCCCAUCAGAUGAAGCUCUAUUGUCGAUGCUUCGGAGCGCCAACCGAUCAAGAAUUGAGAGCAAUGAAGGCCCAAGACAAGCUCGAUUCGGAGCAAGCGAAAUACACAAAAGGAUACGGCCUGCGAAAGCUGCUCUCCGAUAUCACUUCGGAGCAGAAUGCGUUCCUCCGAAAGGUUCUAGUGUAUACGCCAGAUAAACGAUUGCACGGUCGAGACGUUUUGAAAGACGAAUACUUCGCAGCGCUUUGGCGGCCGGGCGCUGUCAGGUCGAAUGAGCAGCCGGUUUCGAAAGUGAUAUCGCCGGAAGAGUAUAAGAAAUAUGUCGAUGGCGAAGAAUCUCCGACAUCGAAGCGACUCGCCCUUCUGACAUUGGCGAUGAAAUCCACCAAGGACCAAUUCAUUCCAGCGUGCGAAAAGAGUAAUUCGUACGAAAAUGUGCAGAUGCCUAGAAAAUCGACAUUGAUACCGAAAGAGCAAAAAAUGGCUCGCGAGCAGAAAUCGCGAGAAGACAAUUCGCGUGAAGAGAGGUCUCGUGAACGAGCUCAACAUAGCGAUGAGCACGUGAGCGACGGAAUGACGAUGAAAAAGAAUAAAUCGUUGGCACCCUCGAUGAUGGCGACAAUUGGAAAGAAAGGCUCAAGAGAUAGUCUGGUCGUUCGAAAGUCGAUUAUGAAAAUGCAUAGAAACUAA